UAUCUAUUUAUGACUACUUUUUUACAUUUUUAACUGGUCGGGAACAAUGGAUUAUGUACAAAAAAUAACUAUUUUAAACUAAUAUUGAAACUAAAAAAAUCAAAGCAUUUAAAUAAGUAUUUUUAAAAUUCAAAAUCAUUAUUUUUUUAUACUAUUUAUUGUGUUCUCUUAUGUGCAAAAACUAUAUUCAGAAAUCAGAAUUGUAUUGAAUUUCAUGUAGAAAUAACCAUAUUAAUUAUUAUCAUUUAAUAGCAUUAUUCUAAAAUUUCUAAAAAAUGACAUCAUUAAAAAUAGUUUUAAAGUGCUUUUUAUUAUUUUAUAUUAUAUUACGUAUCGAAUCGGAAAAUAAUAAAAUAGAAAAUACUCGUAUUGUGAAUAAUCUUUUCAAAUGUAUUGGUUGGAAAAAUUUAAAACGUGUCAAAAAUGUAACUUAUUUAUGGAAAAACUAUGAUCUUCCUAGUAUAAUUCAACAGCCAAUAACGCCAAUUGAUUGUAAUAAGAAAAUACGAAUUGCAACUGUUUUUCUAGGUUGCAUUUACAUAAGUAUUAUAAUGGACAUAAUGAGUGCCGUCAACUAUCAACGAAUAUUCUGUGACGAAAUAAUGAGCAAUGAAUUUAAUAAAACACAAGGCUAUAAUUGCACUUUAAAAUUAUUAGAAAUUAUGACAAAUUUUACUUUAUUUACAAAAAAAAUACAAGGAGCACUGUAUGCAAUAGACAGUUUGCAUAGAUACCCAUGGAAAUUGAGCGAUAAGUCUUAUAUUAUUUUGAACUUUAUAUCUGAAGAUUUUCAAAAUUUACAAAGCCAACUAGAUAAAUGGAGUCCAUCGCGUGAUGAUUUGGGAUAUAAUAAAUCUAUAUUAUGUACUAUAUUGUUUGAAAUGGAAAAUAUUAAAAUGAAAAUACUGUGUAAUACCCGACAAUUUUGUACAUUAGAAAGUGAUAAUAUAUUUGUGUUAACAAAUAAUUUGAACAUCCUAUAUAAAAAUAUAGACUUGAACGGAGAAAAUAUAGCAGUUUAUUAUAGCGGCAGUGAAAUUAUAUUAAAUGGAAUCGAGAUGUUUAUUUUAGAAAAUUUUACCAAACUUGGAUUUAAAUUUGAUUUAUACAAUGGAGAAACUUUCAUUCCAAAUUCAUUACUUCAUCUUUUUACAGAAGCAAACAAUGAAUCAAAAUCAUCUCCAGCUACGAAUCCAGUAGUUCAUGAUUUUCUUCAAAAAGUAGAAAAUACUCGUAUUAUGAAUAAUCUUUUUAAAUGUGUUGGAUGGAAAAAUUUAAAAUAUAUCAAAAAUGUAACUUACUUAUAUCGAAAUAAAGAUCUUUCCAGUAUCAUUGAAGAGCCAAUAACACCAAAAACAUGUAAUUCAAAAAUACGAGCCAUGACUGUAUUCCUUGGUUGCACAUACGCGAAUAUUUUAUUGGACAUUGUAACUGCUGUCAACUGUCAACGAAUAUUCUGUGAACAAAUAAUGAAUAAUGAAAUUUAUAAAUUACAUGGCUACAAUUGCACUGUAAAACUAUUAGAAAUUAUUUCCAACAUAAUUUUAUUUACAAAAAAAAUACAAGGAGCCCUGUAUACUAUAGACAAACUGCAUACGCAUCCAUGGAUCAAUGGUGUAAAGUACAGUAUAAUUUUAAAGUUAGUAUUUGACGAGUUUCAAAAUUUACAAGGCAUAUUAUAUGAUUUUCCUUCAUGCGAAUAUUUGACAUACAAUAAAACUAUACUACAUAAAAUAGAAAAAAUAAUGAAACACAUUGAAAUAAAAAUAGAUUUUAACAUUGAAUUGUAUUGUACAUUGGAGUGUGGUAAUGUGUCUGUGUUAACAAACAAAUUGAACGUAAUAUAUAACAAUGUAAAAUUUAACGGAGAAAAUAUAGAAUUGUAUAAUUUUGGCAGUGAAACUAUAUUAAGUGAAAUCGAGAUUAUGAUUACAAAUUUUUUUACCAAACUAGGCUUCGAAUUUAAUUUAGAAACUGGCGAAACAUUCAUUCCAGAUUCAUUAGAUCAUCUUUUUGGAGAAGCAGUCAAUGAAUCCGAAACCUCUCCAGCUACGAAUCCAGAUUGUUAUGAUUUUCUUCAAAAAGAAGCAAUCAAUGAACCCGAAACCUCUCUAGCAACGAAUCCAGUUUUUUAUGAUUUUCUUCAAAAAGAAGAAGCAGUCAAUAAAUCUGAAACCUCUCUAGCAAUGAAUCCAGCUUACUAUGAUUUUCUUCAAAAAGAAACAAACAAUGAUUCCAACACCCCACCAGGUACAGCACCAACUUAUGAUUUUCUUCAAAAAGAAGCAGUCAAUGAACUCGAAACCUCUCAAGCAACGAAUCCGGUUUUUUAUGAUUUUCUUCAAAAAGAUUUAAUAGGUGAUACAACAAUGAAUGAAGAAUCGGAGUUUGAAAUAGAUGACCUUAAUAAAAAAGAUACACAGAAUUUUAUAAAAUAUAUUUAAGUCAAUUUUCUAUAAAUAUUAAAGCGCAUAAAUUAUAGUAUAGCUUUUAGUUGAAUCUAAAUAUCGUUGUUUACAUAAUGAUAUUUCACGUGAGCAUACUUAUUAUAUAGUAUAUUAAUAUGAUAUAUCGCUAUAAAUUUGACAAUAACACGUAACUGACACUGAUCAAUUUUAAAGAACAGUGUUGGAAAAAAUGGGAGGCCGUAAUUAUGCGGGGAAAAAAUGGGCGGAACACGAAUUAUCUGGAAAAAAUAUUACCGGGAAGUAUAUUGUGGGAACUGUAUAAUUACAAAAAAUUUAAAAGCCGGACUGUAUAAGUACGGAAUAUAAAAUGCCUGACCGUACAUUAACUUACUUCUAAAAUUAGGAACGUAGAACGCCGGACCGUAAAAAUCUGGAAAAUAUUGUGAUAAGUGGUUCUCAAUUUGCUCUUUUGUUCCAUAUAGUUUUACUUCAUUAAUACUGACUAAAGUACGAUGACUGGGUAUGAAAUUUUAGCAAGACAUAAGUUUUUUCAUAUCUUCUAAUAAUAAAGAUUUCCUUUCGAUUUCGAUCAUUCUUAAGAUAACACAUCAAUUUUAUAUUAUUAAUAUUUCUGAAUCCAAUAGUGAUUGUAAUAAAUAUUUUUUUAAUUAAUUAUAUAAUUUACACAGGUAUUUAUAGUUAUUUGAGCAGCUCAAUAUCGCAGUGAAUUAUAAAUAACGUAUUUAUGAAACAUACAUUUCAAAAAGGUACAACAACCUUCCUCAUAUUUGAAAACCUAAAAUCUUUUUAAACUUUAAUGUUAAGUAGUUUUUUUCAAUAUUAUUAUAAAAUCAAAGUUGAUUGUUUUAAAAUAUUAAUAUCUAUUAAUAUUUUUAAUAUUAAUAUUAAGGACAGUUAACAUAUUUUUAGAUUUUAUUCUUAAAAAAAAAAGUGUAAAUAAUAAAAAUAAUUUACAUCCAGGAAUACAAAAAUUUUAAGAUUUUUAACAAGUUAAUGAGACGAAACGUAAUAGUCUCGUGGCAACGUGCGAUAUUAAAGAAAAUUUUAGUUGAUUUCAUAGGAACGUCAUUUAAAUGUCAAACGCUGGGUUGAGUGACGUUACAGAUACAAUAUAAUACUUAUGAAUAUUAAAAAUUUAACUUUAAAUAGAAUUUAAUCUAAUACUAUUAAAGUACAUAAAUAUAUACAUACAUAUACACAAUUUAUGUAUAAUAUAUCCUAUGUAUACUUCGUGAUUUUUUUUUAAAUAAAUUUGAUGCCUAAUGAUUGGAAUUUCAAUCUAAAUAGCAAACAGAAAAUAUUGAUGAAUUUUGAGGUCACCUUAAAAUUAUUAUUUUGAUUUCAGGACCGCCCUAAUACAAAUACAAAUAAUAAUAAUAAUAAUAAUUUGAAUACUUUUAACUUUAUUCAAUUAAAAUUUUAAUAUUAAUCAUUAAAAUUCACGUACAAUUAAACAUAAUUUGAAUUUUCAAUACAAUUUUCAAAUGUAUAAUCAUUCAAAAAUAUGGAAAAGAGUAAUUUCACUUAAAAAAAUAUAGUCACCAAAAAAAUUAAAAACAUUAAUAAUUAAAUUGUGUAAUACAUAAAAACAAUCAAACGCCUCA